AUUAAACUUUCAUUUAGGUAACGUCUAGUCAACGUACAAGACUUGUAUAUAGUAUAACAAAUUCGCGUAGUUCAAUAAAUUUUUUUUUCAUUUGAAUUAAUUAUUAGUUAUUUUACUUUUGUCAAAUAUAUUAUAUUAUAAUAUAUAAAUACAACGUACUAAUAUAGGUAUUGUACUAUUUUAUAAAUAAUAAAAUAAUAUAUUAUACUAUACCAGAUACGAUACCUAUACUUGCAUCUUAGCUACUAAAUAAUUCAAUAUUGGCAUUAAGAUCACCAUUUUAAACAAAAAUCGUUUAAUAAGUCGAAUUUACCUUUACAAAUAAAAACAAAAUGAGCCGAAUGAAAACGUUGUGCGCUAUGGAAUCAUUGGUGGAAGGCGUCCCACAAGUUAAUUUCGUCAUCUGUCCAGCCGUGCUUGAUGACUGCGACCAAAUCUACGAAUUAGUACAAGAAUACUAUUCCGAAUACGGUAUACCGAGCAGCAGACAGUUGAACAAAGACACUUUCAGGAGGGAUGGAUUUGAAUCUCAAAAUCCAAGUUUCCAAUGUUUUAUAGCAAAAACAAGAAGAGAAGAAGACGUUAUUAUUGGAUUCGUACUGUGGUUUCGACCGUCCGAGAACACGACUGGCCAACCAGUGUUCCUCGAAGCACUGUACGUGUCCAAACCUUACCGACAGAAACACGUCGAACAGGCACUCUUCGAGAAAACUAUUCAAAUCUAUUGAAUCGCGGAGGUGGACGAGAUGCCGAUCGCCCCGCCGUCGCGUCGUAACCAUACAGACUGUAAUAUUAUAUACCCAACGACGAGCUCGAUGCAAAAUGUUGUACCUAUCAAUAGCAAUAAUAAUAACAAUAAUAGUAUUACCACCGUCGUGUUGUAAUUGUGACAUUAAAAAAAAACCGUUGCGUUAUCGAGAAAACGCUAAAUGUCGGCGACUGAAAAACGGAAAUAGACGAAAACAAUAUAUUAUUCAUAAUAAUAUUUAAUUAUAUUCAUAUCGUUAUAACUUAUAAUGUUUUUACGACUUUCGGUCGACCUCCGUUUAGAAGAAACUGUAGCGGAUUGCCGGAAGCCGGAAAUAAGGGUCCUCUUGUGGGGCUUGUGUAAGCGACUCGGACCGAUCAUCCCUCGCUACAUGCCACUCUAAACGAAAAACGCGUCGAUACAUUAUUAAUAUUAGGUACCUAUCUAUCAUUGCGACGACGACGACACUUUGAUCUUUGGGGUUUUCGAGGCCCGCGACAAGCUGCUGCUGCACUCCGAAAUUAUAUCAUUCGCCCUCGCCAAGAGCACGCUGCGAUCCGACGACACUUUUUAGAUAAGAUAUUUUUAACGACAACACGUUCUUAAUAUCUGUAAUAAACAAUAUAAUAUAAUGUCACCGUUCGUCAUCAUGUUCAGCGACCGAUGAAAUCGGAGUCUCUGUAUACACGCUGCGCCCGAUUCCUGCUACGUAAUUUAUAUUAUUACAUCGAUGGACCAUGGCCGAUGGAUCGCGCCAAACGUUGUCGACCUAUAUCUCAUAUUUUUUUUUAUUGUUAUUACUUAUUGUGUUAUUGAUUGAAAUCAGAACGUAUAAUAUAAAUAGAUAACGCAGAUGGCAGAUGA